CGAAACUCAAAAGUCUCCGCCAGACCCGAUCGUGGUGUCUGUUGCUCAAUCCAUCCAUCGUCACCUGCUGCCAUGAAAUCCCACGAAGUGAUCGCCCCGCCGGGCUAUUCGCCCUCCAUCUUCGAUUCGCAGUACACCAUUCUUCGGUCGCAGCUGGCUCAGGGAACCCGGCAGCUCCCCGUGCGGGCACAGCGCUACCUCUUGGAUCUCUUCCCGGUCCGGACGUGGUUGCUGCGAUACAACUGGUCGUGGCUGUCGGGCGAUUUGAUCGCUGCCAUCACCGUCACGGGCGUCAUCAUUCCACAGGCCCUCGCCUAUGCCACGCUGGCAGGUCUGCCGGUCCAGUACGGGCUGUACACAGGUAUCGCCGGCCUGCUGUUCUACUUCCUCUUUGCGACGUCCAAAGACGUCACCAUCGGCGCCACGGCCGUCUUAUCCCAGCUUGUCGGCCAAGUCUUGGUGGCCUACAACCCGGACCAAAAAUACGAUCCGGUGAGCUUGGCGCUGCUGAUUGCCUUCUGCCAGGGCCUGAUCGAGCUGUGUCUUGGGCUGUUUCGGCUCGGCAUCAUCGUGGAUCUGCUGCCGUCGUCGGUGAUCUCGGGCUUCACGACCGGAGCCGGAGUAACGGUCAUCAUUGCCCAGCUACCAGGCCUCUUGGGCAUUACCGGAGUAGACACGAACGACCCAUCGUCCGCCAAGAUCCUGGUCAACACCUUCAAGAGCUUCCAUGGCCUGAAUUACGACUCGCUCUUUGGGUUGACGGCCCUGGUGUUUCUCUUCGCCAUCAAGUACGGCUGCCGCUACAUGGUCAAGCGCGGCUGGACCAGCAUGCGCUGGCUCGGUAUUUGUCGAAACCUGAUCUGCUUGGUGAUCUUCACGGGGGCGAGCUAUGCGGCCUACAAGGAUGUCCCCGGCGGCAAGUACCCGAUCAGCAUCGUCAAGACCGUGCCGUACGGCCUCCAAGGAUUUGUUGUGCCGACGCUGAACGACAGCGGCAUGUUCCUCUGCGCCCUCAGAGCCUCGGUGACCGUCGUGAUCGUGGCUGUGAUCGAGCACAUCGCCGUCGCCAAGUCAUACGGCCGCGUCAACAACUACAAGGUCAAUCCGAACCAGGAACUUGUUGCUCUUGGCUUUGUCAACAUCCUCGGCAGCUUCAUCGGCGGAUUCCCGGCGACCGGCUCGUUUUCGCGCACAGCCAUCAACUCGGCAUCUGGUGUCCGCACACCACUCGCCGGACUGCUGACAGCGGGACUUGUCGUGAUCUCGAUCUUCACCAUCACGCCUGCGUUCUUUUGGAUUCCAAAGGCAUCGCUGUCGGCGGUGAUUGUGGCUGCAAUCGCGGAUCUGUUUGCGCCAGUAGACACCAUUAAGCAGCUGUGGGACAUUCAUCUCUCCGACUUUUUUUCGUUUCUGGUCGCGCUACUCGUCACAAUCAUCUUCAACAUCGAGUCCGGCAUCGAAGUCUCGAUUGCGUUUGCCUUGGCCAUCUUGGUCUAUCGCAUAGCUCGGCCCAACAUCCAGCCGCUGGUGCAAUGCGGAGGCAAAUGGUACUCGCCGGACCAAUCGAUCGGCUGGGAGGUCUCGCAGCCUCCGCCAGGGGUUCUGGUUUUCCGUCCCGAAGAAUCGCUGACGUACCCCAACUCGGCUUUCAUCACCGAAAAAAUGCUCGAGGGCGUCAAGGAGAAGACCCGGUAUGGUGCCAAGGUUUCAACCAAGAGCAGCACUAGGAUUUGGAGCGAUACCACGGGGCUUGCGUCAUCUCAGUCCACGGACAGCCUUCCGAUCGUGCGUCAUCUGGUCAUCGACAUGUCGUCCGUCAACUUUGUGGAUGCCACGGGCGUACAGGCUCUGGCGGAUCUGCGCCGAGACCUUGACAACUAUGCGGGCCGGCCGGUCGAGAUUCAUUUCAGCCGAGUCAAGCCGUCGAUCGCUCGACCCAUCUUUUACUUUUUGCACAUCACCAACUGCAAGAAGCCGAUUGCAGCGGUUGGGACCCACAGCCUCGAGGCCGAACCAGAACCUACCCAGCCGGAGCAAAUCAACUCGUGCUUGCGAUUUUUCCAUGCCUCGGUCCAGCAUGCGAUCAGCGCGAUUGCUGGGGCUGAAGAAAUUCUGCAGUGCGUGGUAUCCGAGUAAGUGGUCAUCUGGUUGGCGAGUUGUCCUCCUGAUGAACGGGGGGACCUGAGCAAUGUUAUGUGGUGGAUACCAAGUGUAGUAGAAGGGCUGUUCCAAUAGAGGCC